GUCAGAAUCAAAUGGAGACGAGUUUUUUGAUCAACUGCGGAACGUUUACUGCGUUUCAUAAUCAAUAAUUCUCCGCUGGCAGCAAAACAGGACAGAACAGCUGGCGAACCAAGCGACAGCAGAGCAAAUAAACCAAAUCUAAUGUCAAAUUCGGUAUUAACUACACACUGAAAAUCCCAGAGAGCGGAGUAGGAAGUGGCAGUGAAGCACAGUGGCUGCGAAAAAAGUGUGCCUGGUUAGCACGGCGAAAACCCACCAAAGAUCUCGGUUUCGUGGUCACUAAUUAGCGAUAGAAAGCUCUCCGAUUUGCGGGGCCAACGAGAUGGAGGAGACCGCCGCCGCCUCCCCAGCCGCCGCCACUGCCGCGGGCUGCGAUGCCGCCGCCCGUGAGAAGGCCCCGGAAACCGGAGCAUCCCCCUCCGGAACCAGUGUUCGACUGCUCAUCAAGUCGUCCAACCAGCAGUACGAGGAUCUCAAUGUGGACUCCGACCUCUGCUGGACGGUCCAGCGGCUGAAGAAGCAGCUGUCCAUGGUCUAUCCUGGCAAACCGGAAAUCCAAGAUCAGAAGCUGAUUUACUCUGGCAAGCUUUUAGAUGACUCCCAAAAGAUAUCGGAGGUGAUUCGCAGCUACAAGGAUGUCUACCAACAGCACCAUAUCUUUCAUUUGGUGUGCGCCAGUAAGCAAAUAUUAACGCCUCCAGCCAAAACUAUCACAGUGCCGCCGAAGGCUGCGGUUCCACCGCUGCAGGAGGUCAGCGGGAACGCAAACGAGCUCCGACAACGUCAUCCCACACACCAGCAGCCGGCACAUCAGGCAGCCACGUCAUCUCCCGUGGCAGGUGGCAUCGGCUUGGCCAAUCCCUGGGCGCACUUCUGGCAGCAGAAUCAGGCGGCAGCAGCAGCCGCCAAUGCCAGUGCCAAUUCCCAUGCGAUGUUCCAGCAGCAGGCGCUGAUCUACAACGCCUGGAUUCAGCAGGUCUACGCCCAGUACAUGCAGCAGUUGGCUCUGCGGUCGACGUUGCCAGGCUCGAACGAAUCCGCUUUGCCGUCAUUGCCUCAACCCCUGAUGCCCCAAGUCCCGCUGAAUACCGCACAACCCGUAGCAGGAGCAGCUGCUGCCCCCGCAGCACAGGUGCAACCAGCCCCUCAAAUAAAUGGGGCACCGCAGAACAGAAAUUUCCCCAACAUCCAGGAGGAACCAGAAAUGCGUGACUGGCUGGAUAGCUUCUUCAGCUUCACGCGUUUGGCCAUUUUCGUGACUGUCCUGUACUUUAACUCCUCGCCGCUGCGUUGCUUACUGGUGUUGAUGAUCGCCGGAGCGAUCUAUCUGUAUCACAUUGGUGUCCUGCGCCGCCGGGAACGCAACAAUAACAAUAUCAACCGUAACAACAAUGCUGGCGAUGCGGCCGCCUUUGCUGCAGUGCAGCAAAUUCAGCGGAUGAUGGACGCGGCGGUGGAACGAGAAAACAACGAUCCCCAGGCGGCUAAUGAGCCUGGUGCAGUGCCAGCGGCUGGACCUGCUGCUGGACAGGAUGCGGUCGAUGCACCUGCUGCCGCACCCGUUGCUCCAGCAUCCGUUGCUAAUCCAGAUGCGGCUGACGUUUCCGCUGAAGCCGUAGCUGUGGAACCACCAAAUGCCAAUAACUCUGUGAUUUCCGUUGUGCGCACCUUUGUCGUCACCUUCUUUACAUCGCUGCUGCCUGAGGCGCCGGCGCUCUAGACGAUCGAUCCGUGGGAUAUUCAGUGGAACCCAGUGGGCCUUCCGCUAAUCAGCUUUACAGCUUUACGGCUUUCCUCUUUAUAACUUCCCGUAAUCAAAAUGUUAUUCCGUUUUAAUUUUAAUUUGGCUUACCCGAAAGUGUAGCAAAAACGAAAUUUGUUUUACUAGCUGUAAUAAUCAUGUAUAUUUAUUUUACGUGUGUCAGCCGAGUUACAUUUCGUGGCCGCUGCUCCAGUAGUUCGUAGAUUUAUAGAUAAAUAAGAACGUAAACUGUGUUUGAUGUGAAUAGUAUAAUGAUUAUAAUCUGCACUGAAAUCUGUGCCAGAGACGAACCUAUGAAACCAAGAUGCAAUUAAAAAUAAAUCGUAUGCUUUAACACCAAAAA